ACUUGGCUUCCUCCUCUCUUUAGCCCCUUUCUAUUAAUUCCCCACCUUUCUUGUGUUCACAAGCUUCCCCAAGCUUAGCUUCUCUCUGCCUUUUUCCUCUGAGAUCCUGGUUUCUCUCCUGUUCCAAGUGAAGCUGCAGUUCAUAGUUUUUCCAACAAGCUAGAGGUCGAUCAUGGUGGAGCGUAGUGUCAAAUCAGAGCAAGGAGGCGACCUGUUCCUGCCUCCCGGGUUCAGGUUCCAUCCCACAGACGAGGAGGUCAUCACAAGCUAUCUCCUGCAGAAGUUUCUGAACCCUAGCUUCGACCCGCGAGCCAUCGGUGAGGUGGACCUCAACAAGUGCGAGCCAUGGGAUCUCCCAAGCAAGGCGAAGAUGGGGGAGAAGGAGUGGUACUUCUUCUGCCACAAGGACAUGAAAUACCCGACGGGCAUGCGCACGAAUCGCGCCACCAAGGACGGCUACUGGAAGGCCACAGGCAAGGACAGGGAGAUCUUCAAACCUGCUGCUGCUGGAGGUGCAGGCCGUGAGCUUGUUGGAAUGAAGAAGACGCUGGUGUUCUACAUGGGCAGAGCUCCAAGGGGAUCCAAGACCAACUGGGUGAUGCACGAGUUCCGCCUGGAGGGGAAGUCCAGGCAUAACAACGUGAACCUACGUUUCAAUCCCAAGGACGAAUGGGUCGUGUGCAAGGUGCACCACAAGAACGGAGAAGCCAGUAUCAAGAAGCCCGCGGAGGAGUACUCCUCCGGGACGCCCAACGUCAGCUCCGUCGUCUCGGAUGACGCCGGCGAAGGAGGAGAUGAUCAGUUUCUGGACUCCAGCAUGAUCAAUCCCAUGUACUUCAACUCCGCCGCCAGCUUGCCAAGCACGACGAUGACCAUCAAUGCCGCGCCGCUGCACAACGCGGACUACUCAUCAAUUUUCUCUACCGCCGCGGGAGCUACGACGACGACUAGGAGUAGCUUCGUCGACCUUCCCAACUACGGCUUGAACGACGUAGCAAGCUACAACCUGCAGCAGCAGGUGGCCGUGGCCAAUUCAGCAGCUUCAACAAACAACAGUGGCAGUUACAGCUCCUUGUGGAACAUGCUUAUUAACGCAGACCAUAAUCAAGCAAUGGGAAGCUACAACUUGCAUCCUCAGGCAAUAGUGGCGAAAGCUCUAGGAGGAAAUUAUUUCGCUGGUGGUUUACCGAGUUCGUCGGUGACCGGAAUUUUACAGCAUAAUUCUCAAGGUGUGCCGCAGCAGAAGUUAGGCAACAACUACGGUGACAGUAGUACUGCUGCUAUUGGACCAGCGGCUACUAAGAACUUGGGUGCUCCGUCAGGGCGCUACUAAAUAUAUAAUGGGUACUAGUUGUUUAGUGAUCGUUAUAUAUAGGAGUUUUGUGACAGUUUAGUUGGUUGCUUAAUUCAUUAAUUAGUUCGUAAACUGAGAGAGAUCAUGAUGUUUGCUUUAAUUUAGGUGAUGUAAACAGGACAGUGCUUUAAGUUUGUUGGUGAGAAUUUGUUUGUUGGUGCUGAAACUUUUAGUUUAUCCAUGCAUAUAUAUGACACAUAGUUUUCAGACUUGCUACAGUUUAUUUUGAUGUCGCUACCAGGUAUAUGUAUUUUUUAUACUUAACCAAAAUAUAUAUAAUGGAAGAAUGCAAAUUAUUAUC